GUAUAAUUUCUAUAAAACAGUAUUCUCCAACAAUACUUCAUGGUGUGUACAUCACAAAGAUGUUUUCUCUUUUAGUAAUAAUUGCUCUUCUCCUUAUAAUAUAUAAUUAUUACAAAUAUCUAAGCAGUAAACCACCAGGAACACCUCCAGGAAUCGUUGGAUUACCGAUAAUAGGAGUUUAUUGGUAUUGUUUAUGGUACAAUUACAAAUAUCCAUAUCAAUCGUUGGGUUAUUUUUCGAAGAAAUUAAAAUCUAAAUUGAUUAGUUGUUAUCUUGGAUCGUUUUUUACCGUAAUUGCUAACGAUUAUGAAAAUGCAAAAGAAAUAUUGCUCAGAGAAGAAUUCGAUGGUAAAUUAUCUGAUACUUACUUCAUAAAGGCACGAGCAUUUAAUAAAAAAUUGGGUAUAAUUUUUACUGAUGGAGAACAAUGGCGAGAACAAAGAAGAUUCGCUCUUCGUUAUAUGCGAGAUUUUGGAUUUGGUCGACGACACGAGAUAUUUGAAAUGAAUAGCAUGGAGGAAUUAAACAUUUUAAUGAAUAUGUUAAAAUAUGGUCCUGUAAACGAAGAUGAAAAGAAAAUUUGUAAAGACGGAUUGGCCCUUUUUCCUGAUGUUUUAUACACAUUCUUUAUUAAUAAUAUAUGGGAAAUUAUAUUUGGAUACAGAUUCGAACGUAGUAAAUACGAAAAGCUUCGUUACUUCGGUCGAAAGGGCAUGAAAUUUAUAAGAUCAACCGACUCAUUGGGUGGUUCUGUCUUUUUUUGGCCGAUCACAUGCUUUUUUGGAAAUUUAUUCUCAUUCAAAGACUCAAUGGAAUCGAACUAUGCUAUGAUAGACUUUAUAAAGAAAUAUUUGGAUAAAUAUAAAUUAAUGCACGAAAAAAAUGGCGAGCACGGAUUUAUAGGUAAAUACUUGAACAAAUUGAAAGAGGACAAUCUUCCAAUUUCCUUCUCAGAGGAAUAUCUUAUAAUAACAAUAUUAGAUUUCAUAUUGCCUACUGCAAUUACGACAGUCAGUCUUAUUACAUUUGCUAUUAAAUUUAUGAUAUAUUUUCCAAACGUUGCGAAAAAAGUUAGAGAAGAGAUACACGAGGUCGUUGGAAGUGGAAGAUUGGUUAGUUGGGAGGAUAGAAAUAAACUUCCAUAUACAGAAGCGACUAUACGCGAAACCAUGAGAUACGAAACGAUUACUCCACUUGGUAUUAUACAUAGAUCCACUAAGGAUACAAUAUUUCGAGGAUAUUUUAUUCCAAAUAAUACAGUUAUGAUAACCAAUAUCUCUGAGGUAAAUAAUGAUCCCGAUUUUUGGGGCGAUCCAGAGAAUUUUAGACCGGAAAGAUUUUUAAAGGAUGACGGUCAAUUAAAUAAAGAUUUAUCGAUACCUUUUGGCGCAGGUCACAGAUUGUGCGCCGGAGAAACAUUCGCGAGAUUUACGAUAUUUCAAGUUUUUGCUGCCUUAAUGCAAAACUUCGAUUUUUCUUUCGUCGAAGGUCAACCUACGAAAAUUGAAGAUAAAUAUCCUGGUAUAGUUAUUACUCCAAUGGAAAAUUGGAUUCGCCUAAAGCCAUACUCUUAAUCAGUCAGUACUGAUUAAGAAAAAAAAAAGAUAAUAUGUAAUUUAAUUUUAAAAGUAUCAAUGAUUUACCAACGGAUAAAGAGCGAUGGUGUAAUAAAUACUAUUGCAUGAGAUAAAAUUAUUAUAUUUACAUGGAGUAUGUAAAUUUGAUUGAUCUACUUUACCACAGUUAAUAAUCAGGAAGAAUUUUCAUGAUAGUAUUCUGAACAUAUGAAGAACAACAAUUCAUUAAAAUUAAAAAAA